GAGAGAGGCGGGGCUGCGCUGCGUGCGCGGCGGAAGUGACGUCAGCGUGCCCGCCUCAGGGGAGGAGAGGCGGCCAUGAUCUGGGCCCUGUGGAGGAGGGCGGCCGGGACCGGCCGCCCGCGGCCCCCGGCGCCGAGCCCGCGGAGCCUCCACCCGGGCCGGACGUCGGAAGCCCGGCCCGCCGCCCCCGACCGGCCCGCCGGCCCCGACCGGCCCGACCGGCCCGCCGACCCCGACCGGCCCAUCCACUUCUCGUCCAGCAAAGGCAGCCCGCGCCGCUGGACGGUGGCCCAGUCCCUGGGGAGCGACGCCCGGCGGCCCCUGUGGCAGGUGCUGCCCCUCAGCCUGUCCGUCAUGGGGCUGCUGCUCUGGUGCUUCCUCCGGGAGGAGACCGAGGCCGACCUCUGGCUGACCCGAGUGCUGGAGGGCUCGCCGCUCCUGCCCCCGGACGGGGACCCACCCGCCGGGCCGGGCCCGGGGGCCGGGACCUGACCGGGCGGCCCCGCUCGCCACCGUCCUGGCUUCCGAGGGGCCCGGUCGGGGCAACCGUCGGUUCAGGGACUUGCCCGCCACGUUUGCCGGGUGACCGUCCCUCCAUCCGCCCGCCGGGCCGGGCGAGGCCGCUCUGCAGAGCAGCCCGGGACGCCGGUCCCUCUCCCCGGAGCCCGGCGCGCUGGGCCGGCAGAGGGGACCCCGGACCUUGCAGCCGGGGCGGCGGAAAAAAUAAAGAACGGCGUCGAGAUCUG